AUGGCACCAGCCUUGACGUUCUUUUUCUGCAUCUUCCAAAUUACUCUCCUGCUCCUUAAUGGAGUUCUCGGAUUCUCAUGGGGAGGGCGCAGGGGCGGCGGCAGGCUUAACUAUUCUGCUGAUUUGCCAUCGUCCGGAAGUCGUUCUACUAUCACCUCCAGACUUGACUCUUCACAACUGCCUGCCAUGUAUGCCACUGCGCUCAGCGAGUUGCAGGAGCUGGAAUCGGAGCCCUUAUGCCACCGUACUGCGGCCCGCCUUUUGAUCAACAACUGCCAACUACUCGAUGGCCGGAAUGAUGCAACAAUGUUGACUGAUAGUGGAAGAGCGGCCCGUGAUUUUGUCGACUCAUAUGCUGCAAGCCUAGCCAUAUGUGACUUGGAAAGAGGUAGCUUCACUAUCCCCUCCCCUUGCUCCAAGUUUCAGGAAUCGAUACUCGCCCGUAUGUCUCCGCCGACCAAGCCACAACUACACGUAACGACAUCCGAGAUCGAUGGCUGCCUCGAGGGACUGGCACAGUCAGAUUCCGCCUGGAAUACUUGGGUGAGCUAUCGCCAUAAGACGUUGCGAUUUUGCGAAGCAGCUCGUGCGGACAACGAGAAAGAUCAAAACAUCCGACUCCAUCAGAGGCUGACUAGUAUUCUUGCGAAAUUGACGACACAGCUCGAAGAAGAUAUAGAGGCACGGUUUCAAUCAAUGAACAAAAUGUUCGAGGAAGCAGAAGCCACUGUGGAGAAUCUAAAGCCUCAGAUGAAUCAUCUCAAAAGUAGCAUCACAGAGGUAGAUGCGCUAUUCAGAGAUCACAUAGUUCAAAACGUACAGCAAUCAGCGGACUUUGUUACUCAUGGACUUGGCGAGGCAAGGCAAUUACAAACACUGCUAUCCAUGCUGGUCGACGUGACACAGAAUCAGAGUCACGAUUUAACAACUUCUCAUGAGUCUGCUUUACAAGAGGCCACACUACGAAUCACCAAUGAAGUGGACGUCAUUUUGGCAGCGCUUGGCGCGGCAACCGCCUCGUCCACAUAUCUGCAUAGAGAAAUUGAAAUCUCUCAGUCCGCAGCUGCAGCAGUUGCGUUAAGGCAGGAGAGUAUAGAGACGGGCAUGAAAAAACUCGAAGGUUUAGCUGACUCCUUACUGGCUCAGCACAAAGGCCACCAAGAACAGCUUGUUUCUGCCCAGCAAACAGCUUCGGAUCUGAUAGACAUUCUAGACUCAGCUUCGUCAUCAGCCGUCACCCUUCGAGGCUCCAUCUACAGCGGCUUUGGCUGGGGUUCUUGGUGGCCGCACGUAUUUUGCCCACUCAUGUCUCUGGUUGUUGGCUCGUAUGGACUCCCACCUUCUGCAACACGAAAUAUUAUGCUUAUUAGUUUAGGCGAGAUGGUUGGAUUCGGAAUAUCCAUUGUCAAGCAUUAUGGAAGUGAUAUUCACACAGCAUUUUCGUCUCAUAACAAGGUGCCCCUCAGAGCGAAUUCGACACCAUCAUUUGAUGAGGCUAUUUAUUCGAAUAAUGGGCUUUCCCGCGACGAUCUUCACCAAUUUAAACUCGACGAGGCUUCUCGAGCGUAA